UUUCUCGGUACCAUUGUUUCUGAAUGGAAAAAAACGAAGUCCCUCCCUCCCUUAUCUCCCGGCCGGGUUUCCAUUGUCGUCGCCCUUCAAAAAAAACGAAGUCCCAUCGGUCUCUCCGAAACGUCUCCGACUAUCUAAUCUCGACAGGAUCAGUCGAUGUCAAUGGCGUCGAUUUGCGGGAAGCUGACCUCUUCUUGGUCGGCGUCUUCUCUCUGCGGUUCCGGGGGGCGCAGCCAGCAUUCUAAUUGGCAACCUCGUCGAUGCUUCUUCAAUCUUCCAUCUGCUUCGCGCGGUAGCAUAUUUGUGGAUAAUCGACCCCUGACGGCUUUGUCGGCCACAAGCGCCGCACUGCGCCGCCCUUUGGAGGUCCGGUUCAAUGAGGUAAUUGAAUCGCUCAUAAAUCGAAACGAUCUUGCGGAAGAAGAGGCGGAAGCGUGCCUUAAGUUUUUGCUCAAUGAAGCGAACGAGGCUUUAAUUAGCGCCUUCCUCGUGCUUUUGCGCGCUAAAGGCGAGACCUUCGAGGAGAUUGUUGGAUUGGCGAGGGCGAUGAUAGAAUGCGCGGUGAAGGUCGAUGGAAUUGAUGAUGCAGUUGACAUUGUUGGUACUGGCGGAGAUGGGGUGAACACGGUUAAUAUUUCCACCGGAGCCUCUAUACUCGCUGCAGCAGCCGGUCUGAAUGUUGCAAAGCAAGGUAAUCGAUCCAGCUCCUCUGCCUGUGGGAGCGCCGAUGUAUUGGAGGCGCUGGGGGUGAAUAUCCAGUUAGGCCCUGAGGGGGUAAAAGGCUGUGUGAAGGAAGCAGGUAUAGGGUUCAUGAUGUCCCCACUUUAUCACCCAGCAAUGAAAAUAGUUGGUCCUGUCAGGAAAAAGCUUAAAGUGAAGACUAUCUUCAACAUUUUGGGUCCAAUGUUGAAUCCAGCAAGAGUGCCAUAUGCGGUUGUUGGUGUAUACCAAGAAGAGAUAGUACACAAAAUGGCUAAAGCAUUGCAGAAGUUUGGAAUGAAGAGAGCAUUAGUAGUUCAUUCUAAAGGUUUAGAUGAGAUAAGUCCACUUGGAUCUGGAUAUUUCCUUGAUGUCUCUCCGACAGCAAUAAACAAACUAUACUUUGAACCAUUGGACUCUGGUAUUCCUCGUUGCACUCUAGAAGAUCUUAAAGGAGGCGGCCCACAGUUUAAUGCAGAAGUUCUUCGAAGAGUAUUGUCCGGUGAAAAGGGGCCAAUUGCUGAUGCACUUGUUCUCAAUGCCGCAGCUGCUCUUCUCGUCACCGGCCAUGUGAGUAACUUUAGUGAUGGUGUAGCACUAGCUCAAGAGACGCAUCGAUCUGGGAACGCCAUCAACACGCUAGCUUCCUGGAUUGCAGUCUCCAAUAGACCAUGAUAAGCAAAUUUGCGGUCUCUAUGAUCAGCUCCUCGAUUGGUUUAAAAAGCCUAGUUGCUGGAUCUAUCUGCAAUAAAUUACUCGACUUCCUCGUUGGGACAUGCUGAGGUAAAGGUAGAAUGUGAAGCCGAGUGAUAUUAUAUUUAUCAAUGCAAUAAAUGUUCAACUUGAAUAAUUGUGGAAUAUUGAUUAAUGUGGAUGACCCUGUUUAUCUGUCGUGAUUGGGAUGCUGACACUUGUAUAUGGAUAACAAAGCCUUGUUCUUUCA